AUGUUCGUCCUGGCUGUAUAUGGGAUGUAUCUUCAGUUGUUUUAUCUAUGGACCCGUAACAGAAGUACGACUGUCAGUUAUCGGAUUAAUGUCCAACAUUUUAAACCGUUCACAAUUCUGCUUUGUUCCGAACUUAUAAGGUAAUCAAACAAAUUAAUCGAAAUCCGCACAUGUUUUAGAGGGUUUCCUUUUCCCAGCGUUCGAGAUUGUAACGGGGCUGCAAACUUCGCUUUAGUCAGUCAGUAAGGUUAAAUAGUAGUUGUAAUCGACCAGGUGUAAUGUGAUUCUAGAUAGAAAUCAAUUCCAAUGCCAAUUUUCAUGUAUUUGGACUCCCACCGGAUACUGCGUAAAAGUAAUCGGGGCAAUAACUCGGGCGUUGCAGGUCCCAGGUAACGCGGUCUGUUACUUCCAAAUAAUGAGAGACCGUUCCAGAAAAGGUUGAAUAUUAUCGAUUGUCAUUGUCCGUUCAAGACACUUUGAAACUAUCCAAAGUAAGCGCUUGAACAAGUCUGAGUUUGUUGAAGGUUUACAUUUUCUACUCAACGGACACAUUGAAUACUGUAAGAUUACCGGUAUUCAGAACACCAUCCUUUACACUUAAACCAGGCAAACGAACGGCCUAUGAAGUAGCUGGGAUUACUGGAGUAAGAUGGAAAAAUAUCAUCUAUUUUUAUCUCAGGAAGAGGAUGCGGAUCGACAAUGGAGAAACAACUUCUGCGUGUGGAACAAGUACAAUUUCUUGGCCAAUUCCACAAAUUGUAACGGGACUCGAUUGUAUUCAGGGUAAUUUUGGAGAUGAGCCAUCCUUUAUUGUCAGGGCAUAGAAUUAAAAUUGUUUCAGCUCGAAUGGAGACGAUGAAAUUUACGAAAAAAAUCCCUGCACCCUCGGGCUGGCCGCUAGAGGUUCGUUUAAUUUGAAUCUUUAAAGGUUGGCAUAUUUCCAAAGUUCAUUCGAGAUGUAAAGUAGAGUGAUACUUCCAGCGGUAAACGAAUGUCACACUAGGGCGAUGUCAUCAUUAAUUGUUGGUUACACUACUUAUUCGAUCAGCAGUCAGGGGUAAGUAUACUUACUACAGUCAGUAAAGUAUUUUGCGGUCUUUUUAAAUGUUUUGGUUUGAUUUUUGCUCAAAACAUGAAUGUUUUCAAAAACAUUAGGUAACUUGUUUGUCUUUAGGACAGGAAAUGAGAGCCAAUGUGACAUAACUGCACGUAAUGUCUACCAGAGAAGACAUACCGUAUCCUCGCGGCAAGGUUGGCAGAUAUUGAGUAAGUUUAUUCAACAAAUAAACAGAAAAAACAGUGUGUACAAUUGACAGACGGAAAGAACAGGGGUUUUGUACGGAGCUGAAGGGAAGGCAGAAUUCUUAGCAACAAACUCGCUCUCGAAGUUCAUCGUCCGAACAUCGUUGGCGACAACAGGCAUCGGUUAUCUUGUCGGUGAUAACUCUUUUCAGGGCUCUGGCUGCAAAAGGGAUUAAUUAUAAGGGAUUAAUUCUUUGGUCUUACCAGAACGGGUUUGGCCCUUAACACAAUUCUCGCAAAUCUUUGAAAUGUGACCCAAUAAAACGUUGCCACAUCUUCUGAUUAGGGGUCCUGAUCGUCGUUGUCGAUGCUUCGGUUGAGGGUGUUGCAAAGGAUUUACUAAUAUGAGGUUCAACAUGAUCAGUGUUACGAGAAGGCCGACCCUCCAGGGCCCUGAGGAGUAAUACUCUAAACCGGCAAUGGCUGAAAGUCACUGCUAAUGUAGAACCCACAAUAGAAACACGUCAAUGUGCUAUAUUAAACGAGGAGGUCACGAAACACGACAGCCAAUUGGCCAGGUAUUUCUGGACCUUUGACUGGUUCUGGAUGACGGGAUUAAGUCAAACUUUAAUUCCAUUCUUUAGAACAUGUGACAGUCGUGCCGGUAACCGGUCCACUGAAUGGCACUUUAUUUUUGGUAAUCAAAAUUAUUUAACCACCCCGUUUUUACAAACAUUUCCCUUAAAGGUAAACAAUAAUUACUUUCUGUAUUAUCUGGCCUACAUUAAAACAAGGUAUACAUCCCGCUUAUAGCAUUUUGUUUUCACUUUUUAAACAUUUCGGGGCGGAGCUUCUUUCUUUGGCCGAACAUUUCGAGUGUUAUUAAUGAGAUUACAAAUCCGAAACUCUUAAUUAAUUAAUAUUUAUAUUAUAGUAUGCAUCAAUUGUAGUUUAAAUUAAUUUUCAUUGUAUGGAGAUGCUCCCACAUUUACAAAAAAUACAAUUUUGCUACAUUAAUGUAAGAAUUGAUAUUUGCAGGCGAGAUAGGCGGUACCCUCUCUCUUUACACCAGUUUCACAUUGAUGGCUGGAGUCGAGAUUCUGUUCUUCUUUUUGUCCAAGGAUAUUCGGAAAGAUGUGGAUCGAUACGAUCUUUUGCUGACGUUACGCAAGAACCCACGAGUCCGGGCUCCGAGAUGCGUGAAAAGCCUCCUUUUCUGGCGACAUGACAUUAAAUAAAUGGUAUAUAAAUGUAAAAUGUUUUCGCCGUUCCGAUAGACCGGUUAAUCUGAAGAUGUCCGGAAGCCUGAGGCAUUAUUCAUCUCAUGAUCAGGGCGAUUCCAGCCGCGCGGGAACAAGUACGACCGGUCUUAUCGUCGCUUACUGAUAAGAAUGGGAGUGGGCGUGUUGGUAAGGGGGGCUGUGUAAGAAAGAUUCUGAAGUCAAUCCGAAGCUAGAAAUCUUUCAAGGUGAGACUUCAACUGUCAAGUCCGUUCAGAUCCCGGCGUUUGUUUGGUCUCCACGGUUUAUAUACGGAUUUAUUACGAAAAUUGAGAGUCGGCGCGACGCCGUUCGAAGCUCGGAACCAACUUCAGCUGGAGCAACGUUGAAUCGGAAAGGAAGGCGCCGGAGGCAUUUCCGAGAAAAGAAAAGGCGCUUCGAUCACGGCAAAACUUCCCUUCGGCGGUGUAAGGUAUCCCGGGGGUGUCGUAACCUCAUUGUUGUGCCCUCAGGGAUUUCCCUUUCGUCGCGUCUUGAGUAAAGUUUUAUUUUCGUUGAGGGUCAUUCGGGGCGGCGUGAAUGACGGAAUUCUGAUAAGUGGAGCGAACUGGUCCCGUCAUCCAGGAAAGGUCAUUCUAUCCCGAAGGCGCGGGAUUUCUUUUUAAAUGCCCUUCUCGAGAUCAAUUGAGUGCUUGUUUGCUGGUGGUAAAAGUGAAGGUGUUGAUGGGAUUAAAGGCUAAAACCGGGUAGUCCGUCAGUUAUCAGUCCGGGCAUAACAAAUGAGCAAACAAUGCGGUUUCCGCCGUGCUCGGCAUCUUUUUUAAUGGAUUUCGCCUUGGAGCAGAGUUUCCGUAAGAGGGAGGGGUAUCUCUUUAAGUCGGACGGCGCCCAGAACUUACUCCAUCGCUACAGGCGUAGAACACACUUAAGCGAGAUACACUCAAUUUUUCUGCCGGCGUUUCUUACCCUGCUCGAACUGCCAAGGUAAUGCGCAACUAAUUGCUUUGUUUUUAAUUUAAUUAUUCGGAUUUCGCUUUUCGUGUUCAAGGACGACUGGGUUUUUAUCCGUGAGCUUAAUUUUUAUAUUUUUAGCCGACUUUGCCCUCCGGCAAUGAAGGCGAUCACACUUCUAUUGCUGGUCGGAACGGCCUCAGGCUGUAUUAGUUCGGCUCCCCGUCAGUUCUCCGCUACUCCAGAUUACUCAGGGGCUGCAGCCCAAGCCCAACGUCAAUUCAUCGCCCCAUUGGCUCAAGGCCAGGCCCAAUUCCAACAGCAAGUCGCGGCUGCUGGAGCUGGUCUACCCCGAGCUGCUGCUGCUGAGAAUGUUGCCCCAGCCGAGCCAAUUGCCAGUUCGCAUCUGGCAGAAAGCGAAGGGCCAGCCUUAGGGCAACGGGUUUCCUUAACCGAAUUUAGCUCCAAUGGAUACAAUUCGGCCGGUGGAGGUCCGGUUAAUAAAGAUGAGGCAUUGAGUUGUGACUUUGAAGGCCGACCAUGUUGUUGGGCGAACGCCCCGACUCCUGAUGACCAGAUUGAUUGGCAACAUGCCGCGGGUACCCCCGACGUUGUUGCUCGUCAAAACAUGACCAUGCAAGGUCGCUAUCUCCUGGCUCAUGCUGUUUCUGCUGCUCCAUCCGAUGAGGCGCAGUUCGUAUCUUGUGCUAUUGCUUGUGCCAGCUCACCAAUCAAGGUCAGAGCCACCCAUUUCCAAUCACACAACGUCCUCUUGCAAGUGUGCCAACGUGAGAGUUUCCCCAAUUCUGUCGAUUACAAUCCCCUCCUCAAUUGCCAAGAGUUCCCUUCGGAUGCUAAUUUGAAAAGAACUGAGUUGGUAUUGCCCAAGGCGUCUUUGGUCGACGUAAGUUCUAUUUUUAGUGUUUACGCAAGGCGUUUCGCCUUUGCGUUUACUAAGCUAAUACAUCACACUGUUUGUUCAGUAAUACUUCUUUCCCACCGUUCAGAUUGUGUUCGUGGCCAGUAAUUUUGUGGACAGAGAGGGAUCUCUGGCCAUUCUGGAUGACAUUGAGAUUGACUAUGAGAGUGAUCCAUCUGAAUGUCCCCUUCCCCCUCAACAGUCGUCGCAGAGUUCAGAGUCUACUCAGAGCCGUCAAUCUUCUUCCCGAAAUGGAUUCCAGGCAGAUCGACGCAGUUCCCAAGGUUUCGUUAACGUCGACGGCUCAUCCGACGCCGAACUUUCAGCAAUUGGCGCGGCUUCGGGAUCAUCCGCCGUCUCCGUUUCCCGGGGAUCCGUGACCAACAUUGACACCGCUACUGGAGACCAGAUCAGCAUCAACUGUAAGUGGAUCAUACCUCUUGCUUCCUGCUGUUUUGUUAAUCGGUUCCCAAUUAAAUUGUACUUUUAGCAGUCAGAACAAGUUCCCUUUCGAAUGGAAACACUGCAGCCAAGGCUCUGGGAACUCCCCUUCAGACUGAUGGACCUGUGAUUUUCGAUGGGGAAUCAUGCAGAAAGACCAAGUGUAACUUCGAAGAUGGCACCAUCUGUUCGUAUGUAGACAAACAUUCCAGUGAAAGUCUGAAUGGUCUUUCAACAAAGUUCCAGGUGGUGAAAGGACAGUUCAUGAACCGUGUAACUGGUAUUAAGGAUAAUCCAGGUAAAUAAACUAUUGCCAGUUUGGGAACAUUUUUAUUCCCUUUAUCUGGAUAAUGUUACAACUUUCACCUUGCAGAAGGGGAUUAUUACGCCGCCAGUUUCUUGUAUCCCAAAGAGAAGGCGGUCUUGGCUUCUGAUGUGGGAGCCAUUGAUGAGAGUAGUAGAAUUAAAUUCAAAUACUACGAAGGAACUCAUGGAGUUCAGCUGAAGGGAUGUUGUGAUUCGAUUGACAAGUGCCCCUUCAACACCGAUAGAUUUGUUACAGUAGGAGAUCGAGAAUGGAAAUCUGGUGACUUUGUUUGUAGUCGAGGCACCAAACAAGUAAGGAUCUCUUUAUAUUUAUAAAAAUUAUGUCUUUACAGUUUCACUUUACAUAAUCAUGCUUCAGGUUCUGUUCUUCUGCGAGAAUACACGAACCAACCAAGGGGCGUGUGCCUUGGAUGAUGUGCAAGUGGUUGAUGCCAACGAUCAGAAUGUCGAAAAUGCAAAGCCUCUGUGUUAA